AUGCCGAUAGACCGAGAAGGCACGGAGCUUUCACCAGUUGGUGAGUCGAUUUCUGCGGAGCGCAGUCCUUGGAGCUUUGCCCGUUUUCCUGGUCUGGUGAUGGCCGAUGGUCCCUCGGCGCAGGGUGCUGUGCAAUUGAAAGAAUCUGAGGAAAAGAUGAACCUGGAAUCCUUCCUCAACUAUGUGGCUUUUAACAAGAAGGCCCAAGUGCAAGUUCUAGACCUCUCGGAAGCCAAUGCCGAAAAAGCCAAUGCAGAGGCGCAGAUGGUCUUGCGGGGAGCCUUGAACUUCAAGCGCGUGGAUGUCGCAAAGGAACUCUACGAGCAGUUGGCUGCUGCCAAUGUCGAUAUUUUCUCAGCAACUUUUUCAUUGAUGAUCGAGGCUAGUGUGCUGGCGAAGGAUUUGAAGACCUCUAGCGACUUCCUGAUGAAGAUGGAAUCUUCUGGUCACAGUCCAAGCAGUGAACUAUUGGACAAGGUGUUGGACCUCUACUCCAACCAGAAGACCCAGCGGGAGCAGGUGAAGAACAAAUCAUCCAACAAGGAGGAUGAGAUCAUUAGUGGCGCGACAGAGAAGGAGGCGGGCCAACUGCGGAGCAUGCGGAGCAUGCGGAGCUUGAGACCUGGACGCCCUGAGUUUUUCCUGUCCAGGUGA